AUGGGUGUGACUGGUGCUGGUAAAACAACUCUGAUGGAUGUGCUCGCUGGUAGAAAAACUGGUGGAUAUAUAAGCGGGGACAUCAGAAUUUCAGGAUAUCCUAAGAAGCAAGAAACCUUUGCAAGAAUUUCUGGAUACUGUGAGCAAAAUGAUAUCCACUCUCCUCAUGUUACUGUCCAUGAGUCUUUGCUCUAUUCAGCGUGGCUCAGAUUGUCACUUGGGAUCAAUGCUGAAACCAGAAAGAUGUUUAUUGAGGAAGUUAUGGAACUUGUGGAACUGAAACAGCUGCGGAACGCAUUAGUAGGACUUCCUGGUGUAAGUGGUCACUCAACGGAGCAACGUAAAAGGUUGACUAUUGCGGUUGAGUUGGUAGCCAAUCCUUCUAUAAUAUUCAUGGAUGAGCCAACAUCUGGGUUAGAUGCAAGGGCUGCAGCUAUUGUUAUGAGAACAGUUAGGAACACAGUAGACACCAGAAGAACAGUUGUUUGUACCAUCCACCAACCUAGCAUUGAUAUAUUUGAAUCUUUUGAUGAGCUUUUGCUAUUAAAGCAAGGAGGGAAAGAGAUAUAUGUGGGGCCACUUGGACAUCAUUCUUCCAAUUUAAUCAGUUACUUUGAGGGAAACCAAGGUGUUAACAAGAUUAAAGACGGUUAUAAUCCGGCAACAUGGAUGUUGGAAAUCACAUCUUCAUCUAAAGAAGUGGAAUUGGGGAUUGAUUUUGCAGAUUUGUACAAAAAUUCAGAAUUAUACAGGAGAAACAAAACACUUAUAGAAGAAUUGAGUACUGCAGCUCCUGGUUCGUCAGAUCUUUAUUUUCGUUCACAGUACUCAAGAUCCUUUGUUACACAAUGCAUGGCUUGCUUAUGGAAACAACAUUGGUCUUAUUGGCGCAAUCCUAUAUACACUGCUAUAAGAUUUCUCUAUUCAACCAUGGUAGCUGUUUUGCUUGGAACCAUGUUUUGGAAUCUUUGCUCCAAAAUAGAAAAGGUUCAAGAUCUUUUUAAUGCCAUGGGGUCCAUGUACGCUGCUGUCCUCCUCAUUGGCGUCAAGAAUGCUAGUUCAGUGCAGCCAGUGGUUGGUGUUGAAAGAACGGUGUUUUAUAGAGAAAGAGCUGCCGGAAUGUAUUCAGCUUUUCCAUAUGCUUUUGCUCAGGUUGUAAUUGAGCUUCCAUAUGUUUUUGUACAAGCUUUGGUUUAUGGAUUAAUAGUUUAUGCUAUGAUUGGUUUUGAGUGGUCUGUGGCUAAAGUUUUGUGGUACCUAUUCUUUAUGUAUUUUACCUUCCUCUACUUCACCUUCUAUGGUAUGAUGUCAGUGGCCGUGACCCCAAACAGCCACAUUUCAAAUAUAGUUUCCUCCGCCUUCUUUUCAAUUUGGAAUCUCUUCUCAGGAUUCAUAGUCCCAAGACCAAAAAUUCCAGUAUGGUGGAGAUGGUAUAGCUGGGCAAAUCCCGUGGCUUGGAGUUUGUAUGGAUUGGUGGUAUCACAAUAUGGAAAUGUAAAACGCAACAUUGAAUCCAGUGAUGGAGGAGUAACUACAGUGGAAGAGUUUUUGAGAGAUUACUUUGGUUUCAAAGCAUGA